AUGCCAGCAGAUGUGAAGUGCAGCGCCGCGGCCCAGGUUCUGGACUUGUCCUUCCGGCGAAGUCAAACCGAAGAGAAUGUUCUUUAUGAGUGCUUUUCUAUGGUUCUGGCUUCGGCUCACGAGCUGCUGGAAUACGCACUUUACUUGCGACGAGCCCCGGCUUGUGCGGCAGCACUCAUUGUUCCUGGUGAUGGAAACACGAGCGCCAAGCAAAGUGUGUUGAGUGAGAUGAAGCAGGAAUGGGAGACGGUGCUAUUCAUGGAAGCCAAUGAUCGCAUGAAUGCUCUUCUGAAAUCGAGAUGCCGGUUCACAGACUUUCAGAACUUUCGAGAGAUACACACCAUGAUGGAGCAGUGCCAGUACAGAAUCACGGACAAGGCUAGGUCUCUCAUCGAGGCCUGGCACCCUCCUUUUGGAUGGUCUGCCAAUCUUGAGAGUGUGUUUGGUGAGAUCCAGGCAGCACUGAAAAAAUCGAACCGCUCUGAGGGAGCAUCGAUGCAGGCGAUGAUGAGUGUAGCAGUGCGAUCUUUGGAUCGUCGUGUUUGCACGUCCGAAACGAGCCCGACCCCGCUACGCCUUGCCUCUGAUGAUUAUAUUGGAAAGCAGACCGCCGGCCUCAAAGCCAAAAUCUGGCUCUCUUUGGAUGUUUUGGAUGCGAGCACGCAUCUGUGGGCAGCCCAAUGCCUGGGAGCUGGUGAUCUCCUGAAGGUGAAGGGUGAGUUCUUCGUGACCACGGAUUCAUAUGAUGUCUUCACACCCCAGGCCAUUCGAAUGAAAGAGCUGCCCUACGAAUUUCGCGACGGCCUUCCAAACCCGAUCCCGGAUGAAACGCGGAUGCCGAAAGAAGCCAGCAAGGCCGCUGUGCAGAUUGAUCCCCUGGGGAAAGGCCAAGCCAGCAAAGCACUGUGCAUUGAUGUCUCAGAGAUUUUUCCUUUCUUUGAAGUCAUGACUUUGAGAUGUACGGUAAAUGUACAGCAGGCAAAGCUGAUGUUGUACACGUUGCACAUCGCCCCGGAUGCCUUAGCGAGCAAGCUGGGCAGUGGACUGCUGGUACGACAGGGCACGAUCGAGUAUUCUUUGCUCCCCUGCCUGGUGGAGACGAAAAAGAUUCUUCGACUUCCUUCGGCCUCCUUGUCGGACCUUCUUUUGCAUCAGAACGUGAGGAUGCCGAAGAAUACAACUGUUGCUUGCAAGAUUCGCAGGUUGAUGGCAGAGGAUGCAGUAAAGCAGGUCUGCAGCGAGACGGUGAUUCAGGAGAUCAUCCAGAUUCUUGAGUACCAGUGGGCGGAGCUGAACGACGAUCCAGCUACCACGGCCUGCAGACACCUGCUGGCUGGCAUGGAUGAGGAGAGUGAGGACGAGGCCAAGCAGGACGAUGCGGAUAUGGAUAUGCCAGUGGCGGCCCAUGCGAUCGAUGAGCGAGCAUCCCGAAGUUUGCUAAGCGCAACCGCAGCCAUCCCGAAGGAGAUCACUGACCGCUACGAGCUGCCGGAGAAUGUCCAUAUUCACAAAACUGUGUUCCGAGAUCAAACUCUGCCCCACUAUCAGGGGAAGCUGCUUGGUGGCAGACUUUUCGAGGGAAAGCAGUCCACAUCUGCCUCGUUCAACCCCGAUUUGCCGCUCAUGCAAAUCGACGAAAGGAAGGCCACCAUACGAAGUAUGACGGCCAGCAAAAGGAGCGAGGGCCAAGCUUUUUUUAUGGUUCUGAGCUGGCUUCGCAAAGCUGAAGCUUCCGCGAAGCGGCGAAGGGUAACCUAG